AUGGCGGGUGAUGAAGAGCAACCUGACGAGAGGACACAAUUGCUCUCCGUCGGACGCAAGCUUUCGACCGAGUCCUUGAUCUCCUCUCACGUCAGUAAAGAGGAGCAACUUCUUAGCGAGACGUCUCUGGGCGAACGCCUGCCCUACAAUGAUUACACUACCAUCGAUUGGAUCCACGAACUUGUCAAGGACUCUUUUCACUACCGCACCGUCCAUGGUGGCGCUGGGCUUAGGAACCGAGCUGCGGCCGUCUACGACUCAUGCCAAGGAUGGAUCAUAGCAGCACUCAGCGGCAUAGGCACCGCAUUCGUUGCCGCUUUCGUCGACCUAGCAGUGAGCACAGUCAGCGAUUGGAAGACCGGGUACUGCAAAGCCAGUCUCCUGUCUAGCAGAGACUUCUGCUGCACGUCAAAGUCGCCAUGGGUGACUCUUGCCGACGCGGGACCAACGUGUGGGAGCUGGCACUACUGGACUACGGGCUACUGGACCCAGUUUGCUACCUAUGUCGGCUUUGCACUGCUCUUUGGCAUUAUGGCUGGUGGCGUCACUCUGCUUACCAAGGCACAAUUGCCAUCUACGGCUCCAGGUCACGGCGACAAGGGCCCUAUACGUCAAUCUUCGGUCGUUGCGCAUGGUAGCGUGCCCCAGCCUGGUGCCACUGGGAAGUCCAUGUUCAUGGCCGCUGGCAGUGGCAUUCCCGAGAUCAAAACCAUUCUCUCGGGCUUCGUCAUACCACACUUCCUGUCCGCCAAGGUCCUACUCGUCAAAGCCGUGGGCUCCAUCUUUGCCGUCUCGACAGGCAUGUGCCUGGGCAAAGAAGGACCUUUUGUCCAUAUCUCUGUCUGUGUGGCUCAUCUCAUCGGCAUGCGCUUUCCAAAGUAUGCAGAUAACGGACGCAAGAUACGCGAGGUGUACGCUGCGGGCUGCGCCGCCGGACUGUCGGUCGCUUUCGGUGCUCCUAUCGGCGGAGUGCUGUUUGCUUAUGAAGAGAUCUCGACGUAUUUCCCUCGCAAGGUGCUAUGGCGUGCCUUCAUCUGCUCCCUGAGUGCGGCCAUCACUCUACGCCAGCUGGAUCCAACGGGAUCCGGUCGACUCGUCCUCUUCGAAACCGACUACGGCACUUCUUACAAGGUGUAUCACUACCCCGUGUUCAUCAUGCUGGGAGUUUUCGGCGGCCUCUUUGGAGGCUUGUUCUGCAAGUUCAACUUCGCGUGGUCACGUCGCUUCCGGUCCUACGCCAUCAUUAAGAACAACAGCGUUCUCGAAGUAUUCCUCGUCGUCCUCGCCACGGCACUCCUGCAAUACCCCAACCCGCUGACCCGCGAGCCCGGCGAUGUCAUCAUCAAGAACCUUCUCGUCGACUGUGCCGAUGCCUCCUCGGAAGCCACCUACGUCUGCGUCAACGAGCACAACGGCAACCCAUCCCCACGAUACCUAGGCUGGCUGAUCUACGGAUCCCUGGUCAAGCUCAUCCUCACCAUCAUCACCUUCGGCAUCAAGGUGCCCUCAGGUAUCAUCAUCCCCGCCCUCGACGCCGGCGCCUUCUGCGGCCGCCUCAUCGGGCAGCUCCCCUUGCUCUCCGCCACCAUCAGCCCCGGCAUCUUCGCCAUGGUUGGCGCCGGCGCAUUCCUCGCCGGCGUCUCCCGCAUGACCAUCUCCCUCGCCGUGAUCAUGUUCGAACUCACCGGCUCCCUCGAGUACACCGUGCCGUCCAUGCUCGCCAUAAUGGUCGCCAAAUGGACCGCCGACGCCCUCUCGCCCGAAUCCGUCUACGACCUCGCGCAAACCGUGCUGGGACACCCGUUCCUGGACCUCGAUGCCUCGAUGCCGCUCGUGCAGCGCGCCCCGCGCCUCGUCGCCGACCUGACACCGCCGCAGGAAACCAUGAACGAAAUCACCGUCCACGUCCCCGCAACCGGCCUCGUCAACCGGCGCGUCCUCGCCGAGAAGCUCCGCCUCCUCAAACGUCGCGGCCUCCUGGACGCCGGGCUCGUCCUCGUCGCGAAAGACACAGGCAUGCUCCUGGGGUACCUCGCCGAGGGAGAGCUGGAAUUCGGACUCGGCGAGCUGGCGGAUAGCGGGAACCAUGCACCGGACUGUGCGGUCCGUGUCGUCAACCCCGGCCACCGCCUCUAUGCAUCUGCCUCUGCCGCCGCCGCCACCGCCGCCGUCGCGGGUCACGCACCCAUCGCCGAGGAGCCCGAGCCCGUCUCGAGCCCAUCCUCACCCUCACACUCAACCUCAGCGCAAGCGAAUGGGCCCACCGUCGUGGCUCCGAUGACCAGCACCGCCGCCGAGGACGCGGAUGUGCUGGACCUCGCCGUCUUCGUUGACCGCACGCCGCUGACGCUGGCGGCAUCGGCGCCGAUGGAGUAUGCCGUAGAGAUGUUUGGGAAGCUGGGCAUCCGGUACCUGAUGGUGACGGAGGAUGUGAGUGGGCGGUUGGUUGGGGUCGUGAUUAAGAAGAGACUCGUGGAUCUGUUGGAUCGUUUGAAGGGUGAGCAUUGA